AUGGUUCGUACACAGUGAAUGCAGUGAAUGCAGUGAACUUGACAUAGUUCUUGGCCAUUCGCAUUACAAGAGAUCUCAUCUCGCAAAUAUUUUUAAAACAAUAUUGACUAAAUGGAGGAGGUAGAUGUAGAGCCAACAAUUACUUUUAUCCCAGGAAUAAACUCAAAAGAAAAACACAUUGGCUUCGUAUGGGGACCCGGAGACAUCCUAGUUUAUGAGACAAGUCACAAAGCCGCAGGUAAACAAUCAGUGGGACCAAGCUGUCCAGACGUGCAGGUAGUGAGGAAAGAUGAAGACAUAUAUUCUCCAAUUUUGCGCAAGCUCUUCAAUGAGUCCCAUCACAUCUUUGUUGGACUUCAGAAUAUCAGAGAUGAUUUGCCAAGCAAAAACAAAAAGCCACAAUUUGUCAGGAUCAGCAAAAACUACAGGUCUGUUAUAAGAGCGUGCAUGGAAGAGCUCCAACAAAUUGCAGUGUCAACUCGAGAUCCUGCACUAGCAGCACAGUAUGGCAACCAGGUGUCUAUUCUUCUGGCUGUGGAGCUCAUCUGGAACCUCUGUGAGGUGCUCUUCAUUGAUGCUGCUCCAGCUGGCUCCUUGCUGCUUCAUCUGUUGGACUGGGUACGGCUCCACAAAGCAGAGGUGGAUGAGAAGGCUCAGGACGUCCUGCGUUGUGAGAGUCCCACACGCCACCAGUUUUUCUGGGAUGUGGUGAUCAGUUUUGUGCUGCAGGGGAGGAUGGAGGAGGCUCGGUCUAUGCUAGCUAAACAGGCUGUGCUGCAGCCUGCUGCGCAGACCACAUUCAAGCGCAUGGACAGCCUACUUCAGAAGAUGCCAAUUUACAAUCCUAGCAGCACACAGACGCUGACUGAGUUUGAGGUGAAGUGGAGACAAUGGCAUGAGGAGUGUGAUGCCAGCCUUCAGGACAACUCCUUCGCCAGCAACCCACACCUGGAGACCAUCUGUAAGAUCCUGCUGGGUGACGAUGACACGCUUCUGGAGCACAAGGAGCUGCUGAGCACCUGGUAUCACUAUGUGGUGACCAGACUACUCUAUACUCACCCCACAGUCAAGCCCAUCGACCUACACUACUACGCACAGAUGUGCAUGGACAGGUUCCUGGACUCCCAAAGUCCCCCUGAGCCCUUGGACAGCAUUCUUCUCGCAGCUUUUGAAUUUGACAUUCACCAAGUCAUAAAAGACUGCAGCAUUGCUCUCAACAACUGGUGGUUUGUGGCCCACUUAACUGAUCUGUUGCAUCACUGCAAGCUGCUGCAGUCCCAUAAUCUUCACUUUGGCUCAAACCUGCGGGAGUUCCUGCUUCUGGAGUACGCCUCGGGUCUGUUCACACAUCACAGUCUGUGGCAGUUGGCAGUGGACUACUUUGACCACUGCCAGGGUUUCGGGCGGGUGUACCUGGAACUGCUGAUCGAGCGCGUGCCCCUGGACACGGAGCGGAAGGCCCUGAAGGUGCUGCGCAUCUGUGAGAACAGGCAGAUGAAUGAACAGGUGCGCAGCAUCUGUAAGAUCAUGGCCAAGCGGGCGCUCCGGAACAACCGGCUGGGCUCUGCCCUCUCCUGGACCAUCCGGGCCAAAGAUGCUGCUUUCGCCACGCUCAUUUCAGAAAGGUUCCUUCAGGACUAUUGCUCCCGCGGAACCUUCUCUGACCUGGACCUGAUUGACAACCUGGGGCCAGCCAUGCUACUGAGCGACAGACUCACCUUCCUUGGUAAAUACCGGGAGUUCCACAGGCUGUAUGGAGAGAAGCGCUUCACAGAGGCUGCCAAGCUCCUGCUGUCCCUCAUGACUGCUAAGAUUGCCCCUCAGAGCUUCUGGAUGACCCUGCUUAUCGACGCACUGCCACUGCUUGAACAGAAAGAGGUGAUCUUCUCAGUGGAUCAAACACAUGAGCUGAUGUUCUGCUUGGAGGAGCUGACCUCUGGAAAGGCCCCACCCAACCCUGACCGACCCAUGCAGGAGGAAGACCUUGAGACCACAAAGAUCGAGCUCCUCAGACUGGCGUUGGCUCGGAACCUCGCCAUGGCGAUUGUGAAGGAGGGCACCGUGGAAGCUUGAGAUGUGCUGGAGUUGAGGCUUAACUGUGUUUAUUAUUUGUAUGUUUGCCAUUUUGUACUGUGUGUGUGUGUGUGUGUGUGUGUAUAUAUAUAUAAUAAGGGCUGAAAUGGAGACUUUGAUUCCUUGAUAAUAAAAUGUACCUAGUUUGUACACAUUUGUAAGAGA